AUGUCCCCGCCGCACCAACCCGGCACCAGCCGCCGACGCCGGAACCGGCGCCGCCGCCACCAGCGGCCGCCACCUGAGGAGGAGCAGAAGCAGGAAAUACUCCGAUCAGAUUUCAGCGAAGAACAGAUGAAUGGUGAAAAAAAUAUCAAUGGGAUUCUAUCAGAUGACUUGCUGUCCAACAUCUUUGACCGUGUCCCGGUCCACGAUAUAUACAAGGCAAGGCUUGUUUGCCGCAGGUGGUACCAAGUGACCCAUAGCCACAACACUUACGCCCUUCUCUUCAACAAAUACCGGGCCGUAUUCUCGAUGGGCACCCGAGACGGCCGGGUCGAGAUAACCAAGUUGAGGCAACAAAAAACGAGCGUGGCCGUGACCGAUUGUUCGGAACUCUGUUUAGCAUUUGCAGAAGGAGGGAAUUAUAGUGAGCUCAUCCUCUCACAUCACUCGUCAGAGGUAGUUCUUAAUCUCCCUUCACUCGUCACUCGUUCUAAAGCGACACCUAUGUAUUCAUGGGGAGUAUCAUGUGCUCGGGAAUCCAUGGAUUUGAAAGUGGUGGUCUACAUUCCUCCCGAUCCAUAUACAGGCGUAAAGGUGGACGAGUUUCACGUGUUAACCAUUGGAGAAGAAGAUGAGUCGUGGAGAGUCGUGCAGGCCGAGCCUAGGGUUUUUAAGUAUAAACCCGUUUUGAUUACUGCUGGGUUUAUGCAUUGGGUCUUGCAUGACGACAGGUUGUUGACUAUGAAUUUGGAGACAGAGGAAUUCACGGAGAGCUCUGGGCCUGAUUACUCCAUUGGCCUGAGUGGGGAAGUUAAGAAUACUUACUUGUCCACUGGAAAGCGUUUAUCUUUAUUGCGUGAGUGUGGGGAGCUUUAUUGGGAAGUUUGGGAGAUGGAUCCGCGCAUGUUUGCUUGGAGAAUGACGGGGGAUUUUUCAUUGGAGGAACACAGGAGCCAAUUCGAAUCUACAGGUAAGGAUGUGGCUUUAAUUCCAGUUGGGUGGGUUAAGUACUUGGAGGUGUUGGUACUCUGUGCCGAUUUGGGUGAGAAUACGAUUUUGAUCUACAACCUCAUCAAGGAGGAAAUGGAGAAAAUGGAGCUACCAUGUAGGGUUUGCUAUUACAGUAUACACCCUUAUGUUCAUUGA